AUGGAAUAUUCACUACCCAAUCCACCUUUCACCGUUGGUCAUGCCCCAGAGCUGUCGUAUCUGGCUCAGAAUCAAGGGUCCUCAAGCCAAGCUAUAGGGCCCUAUGGCAUGUAUUCAAUACCAGAAGGGUCUGCAUCCGAAACAUUACUUCCAGCCACACGGCCUGCCUAUACCGAUACCCAGCUAUUGCCUCAUCCAUUCAAUCCACACCCGGCGCCAUACGCUGCCGAGUCGCACCAUGUCCAACCUUCUAGCGAUAUUCAAGAUACACCCAUGCUGUCGAUGGGCCCACCAACCAAUACCCGAAAGAGGAAAGCUCCGACAUUGCGACGCAAGGCGUGGGAGCCUUACCAAGAUCGUAUCAAGGAGCUCCACAUUACGCAGGGUUUGCCGCUUUGGGAAGUGAAAGACACCAUCGAGAAGGAGUUUGGUUUCACAGCCGAAACGCGAAUAAGUCAGUGGGGUUGGGACAAGAAAGUCAAGCCAGAUGAGAUGAAAUCCAUUGCAAGGAAACGGCAAAAGCGGAAGCUAGUUGAGAGUGAUAAAGGCGAGCUCGCUUUCACCGUAAGAGGGAAUCCAGUGGCCCCUGAAAAAAUUGAUCGAUGGAUGAAGAGGAACAGGGUUGGCGAAAGCACCUUAUAUGCCCCAAGUCCUGCUGCCUCUACCCCGUCUGCAAUUAGUUGUUGGACAGUCUCCGAACAAGGUUCUCCAGCUCUGAGCCUUACUUAUUCUGCCAGUACUCCGACCUUUGACGCGCCUUCGUUUGGCCAAGGUCCCCAUCCCUCGUCCCCCGCCUCGUCUGUCUCAACCAUCAUUCGAUCCACCAACAGCGCAUUUACAGGGCAAAGUCCAGCUCCUAUCUCAUCUUUCGUAGACGAAUCUAUCUUUGUUCAGGAAACUCCGACAGCCCAACCUGAUUCUUGGCCACAACAUGGUCCAUUCAUUGGCCCACAGAUGCAGACACAACAGCCUUCCACAGGAUCGAUCCAGUACCGAUAUGGGCACGAGGAUGAAGUACGUCUUAGUCAGGAGCUGUCUAGGCUUGAAACUCUACAUGGAAAAGACCAGCCGGAGACCUUGGACACGUUGAGUGAACUAGGCGAAGUAUUUUUGGACCAAGGUCGAUACAAGUCCGCAGAGACACUAAUUCGACAAUUAGUGCACGCCUGUCAAAAAUGUUAUGACAAAAAUGACACUGCUACACUUCAAGCAUUCGACUCCUUAGGUAGAGUAUUGUACAUGCAGGGGUUGUAUCUUAAGGCAGAGAAAAUUCACCGAAGAACGCUUCAAUCUAGGAGGGACAUACUAGGACAGGAGCAUACAGACACACUGGUCAGCAUGACCAACCUGGCAUCAACGUACUGGAGUCAAGGACGGUUGCAAGAGGCUGAAGAGCUAGAGAUACAAGUUUUAGAGACGAGAAAGCGGGUAUCAGGAGAGGAACAUCCAGAUACGUUGAGAAAGAUACAAGUUUUAGAGACGAGAAAGCGGGUAUCAGGAGAGGAACAUCCAGAUACGUUGAGAAGUAUGUAUUAUUUGGCAUUAACGUACUGGAGUCAAGAACAAUUACAAGAGGCCGAAGAGCUAGGGAUACAAGUAUCAGAGACGAGAAAGCGGGUAUUAAGAGAGGAAUAUCUAAAUACGUUAAAAAGUAUGCAUAAUUUGGCAUUAACGUACCGGAGUCAAGAACGAUUACAGGAGGCCGAAGAGCUAGGGAUACAAGUUUUAGAGAUGAGAAAGUGGGUAUUAGGAGAGGAACAUCCAGAUACGUUGAGAAGUAUGCAUAGUUUGGCAUCAACGUACCGGAGUCAAGAACGAUUGCAGGAGGCUGAAGAGCUAGGGAUACAAGUUUUAGAGAUGAGAAAGUGGGUAUUAGGAGAGGAACAUCCAGAUACGUUGAGAAGUAUGCAUAGUUUGGCAUCAACGUACCGGAGUCAAGAACGAUUGCAGGAGGCUGAAGAGCUAGGGAUACAAGUUUUGGAGACGAGAAAGCGGGUAUUAGGAGAGGAACAUCCAGAUACGUUGAGAAGUAUGUAUAGUUUGGCAUCAACGUACUAG